GUCAGCAGAACGAGCGGCUGAGCGGAGCAACGCAGCAUCCGCGACUCCAGCAUCCUGCAGAUGACUCCGCUCCAUGGAGAAGAGGAGGGGAGAAAAAGAGAAGAGCGCCGGAGGGAAAAAGGCAGAGCCGCAGAUAAGGAGAAGCAGCGAGAGGAAGAAAAGCACAGUGAGGAGUAAGAGUGUGAAAUGAGAGGAACUGAGUAAACAGCGCUGCGUAAGGACCACUGCAGCUAUACUAAAUCUGGAGCUGUCAGGCCAACCCUCAGCAAGGCAGUGAGUGAGAGAGGCGAGGGAGCAGAGGAGAAGAAGAAGUGAUCUAAAGAGCUGAUCUCAUCACUUGAGAAAGCCGGGAUGGGAACCCCGAGAGCCUCUCCGUCAGCAGAUCAAACUUCACACAGGAAAAGUGCCUUCGGAUCACCGGUCUGAGCCAAACCAUCAAAACCAGAGUUAUUUUGGCAGUUUUCAAAGGGUCAGACAGACCUCAUACAUGAUCUCCCACUAGAGCAGUGCUCAGCAGCGCUCCAGCCUCUCCUGUCCUCGUACCCCCCGGGUCCCCUCAGCGCACCUGCUUGCUCCUGGCGAAUGUCUUCUCUGCAUGCGCUCCCACUGCUCAGCAGUUGAACACACUCAUGGUCGAUGCCAAGGGAAGGAACAUGAAAUGUCUGACUUUCUUCUUAAUGCUCCCCGAGUCAGUGAAAAGCAAGUCGAGUAAGAGCUCCAAGAAGGGGAAUGCCAGUGGCAGCUCCAAGCUGCCCCCAGUCUGUUAUGAGAUUAUCACUCUGAGAAGCAAGAAGAAGAAGAAGAUGGCAGCAGACAUUUUUCCCACCAAGAAGCCGGCGUCCACCACCACAGUGCAACAGUAUCAGCAGCAGAACCUCAACAACAACAACACCAUCCAGAACUGCAACUGGCAGGGACUCUACUCCACUAUCAGAGAGAGAAAUUCAGUAAUGUUCAACAAUGAGCUGAUGGCAGACGUUCACUUUGUGGUGGGUCAGACUGGGAGGACCCAGCGGCUGCCGGGACACAGAUAUGUCUUGGCCGUGGGCAGCUCAGUGUUCCAUGCCAUGUUUUACGGCGAACUCGCUGAGAACAAGGACGAAAUCCACAUACCAGAUGUGGAACCAGCAGCAUUUCUGGCCAUGCUAAAGUACAUUUACUGUGAUGAAAUUGACCUGAGUGCCGACACAGUGUUGGCCACCCUUUACGCUGCCAAGAAGUACAUUGUCCCUCACCUGGCACGUGCCUGCGUCAACUUCCUUGAGACCAGCCUGAGUGCCAAGAACGCCUGCGUGCUGCUCUCACAGAGCUGCCUGUUCGAGGAGCCCGAGCUGACGCAGCGCUGCUGGGAGGUGAUUGAUGCCCAGGCCGAGCUGGCGUUACGCUCCGAGGGCUUCUGUGACAUCGACGGCCAGACCCUGGAGAGUAUCCUACAGCGAGAGACACUCAAUGCUAAAGAGAUAGUGGUGUUUGAGGCCGCUCUUAACUGGGCUGAGGCUGAGUGCCAGAGACAGGAGCUCACCUCGUCGACUGACAACAAACGAAAGGUCUUGGGCAAAGCUAUGUACCUGAUACGCAUCCCCACGAUGGCUCUGGAUGAUUUCGCCAAUGGGGCAGCGCAGUCGGGUGUGUUGACGCUGAAUGAGACCAAUGAUAUCUUCCUGUGGUACACGGCAGCCAAAAAGCCUGAGCUGCAGUUUGCCAGCCAGCCCAGGAAGGGCCUGACGCCCCAGCGCUGCCACCGAUUCCAGUCCUGUGCCUACCGAAGCAAUCAGUGGCGCUACCGAGGCCGCUGUGACAGUAUACAGUUUGCCGUGGAUAAAAGAGUUUUCAUUGCUGGUUUCGGGCUGUACGGAUCCAGCUGUGGCUCUGCAGAGUACAGUGCCAAAAUCGAGCUGAAGCGUCAAGGGGUGCUGCUCGGACAAAACCUCAACAAAUACUUCUCUGACGGUUCGAGCAACACCUUCCCGGUGUGGUUUGAGUAUCCGGUCCAGAUCGAGCCCGACACGUUCUACACUGCCAGCGUGGUUCUCGAUGGGAACGAGCUGAGCUACUUCGGACAGGAAGGGAUGACAGAGGUUCAGUGUGGGAAAGUAACAUUUCAGUUUCAGUGCUCCUCGGACAGCACGAAUGGCACAGGAGUGCAGGGCGGGCAGAUUCCUGAACUCAUCUUCUAUGCUUGACGACACACGUGCAAACGUUUAAUCUUUUUUUUUUUUCUGUGCACUUAAGGAAAAUCGAAGUUUAUCACCUUAUGGGCGGUGUCACCUAUUUAUUUUUGUCACUAUUUUGUAAAAAAAACAAAAAAAAAACAUCUCAGUCUUGAGAGAAGCUAAUAUGUAGUUUGAUUUUAGUAAAUGGUCCACUUGAGACGGACCGCAUACUGUAUAUUCAGAAAAAUCCAAAUUCAAGGAUGAACUGGUUCCAAAGUCCUGAAAGAUUAAAAAAUAUCUUGCACUGUAGGUGCUUGUAAAUAUGAAUAUAUGUAAAUUUCUACAUGUAUAUGAUGCCACAAUUGUGGUCAAUGCUGGCUACAAAGAUAUCUUAUAUAAUGAAUAUGCUAUAGUAUGUUUAUUGUUUCUAUGCUUGCAUAGAAUGGGCACAUAUAGCAGCAAUACUUCACACUAUCCU